UUGAUUUAGCUUUACUUUUGUGUGGAUCUGUGGGUUUUUGUUUUGGGCAGGAUUAUUUUGCAGUUUUUUGGUGUAAUCUUGGAGAAAGAUCUGAACUUCCAUCCAUUUCUGCAAAUCUUGGGGUUCUAGUACCAUGAUCUGUGGCGUUUUACAACUUUUUGGUGUGCAAAUUCUAUGUUUUUAAGGGAAGUUGGUGAAGCAUGAGGCAUAAGAUGCUAUGCCAUCCAGUAUGAAAUUCAACGAUUAUCAUUUAUAAACUGUUUGGAAUAUGGGGUACAUAGCAGCAGAGUCAACUAGGAGGGUUUCGGGGCAACAACAGAUCUUGAGUGUUGUGGAGGAAAAGAACCAAGUAUCCAAAGUAAAGCACAGUUCGAAGUUUCAAGACAAGUAUGAUUACCCGUUUGGGCAUGCGGAUAGCAGCAAGCAUCACGAAGUGCCAAAACAUGCCGUGAAUAAAAAUAUGGUCCAGCUGAACUCUUCUGCGGAUUGCCAAAAGCAGCGACUGGGUAGCAAGGCAGACAACGAUGAGGAGCUUGUGAAGCACAUGUCGAAUUUGCCUAAGUAUCUGCAGAGAACAGAAUUGGAUAAAAACGUCCGGGCAAAAGCUUUGAACUUUGGAGUUAUUGACUGGAACCAUCUAGAAAAAUGGAAGUACAAUGAACGUAUGCCACCUACAAGAGCUCACCGGAAAGUAGCAUCAUCUUCAGGAGGUGAUUCGUUUUCUGUGGCUGGCAGGCCACCUAAAGCGUAUGGCUCGUCUCCUCAGCACAAGAACAAGCACAAACACACCCGACCACAUGGUCCAAUUCCUAGUUUAUCUCAUGAACAAAAACCGGUGGAACCUGUGAAGCAUGCCCAUGGAAAUUCCAUGCAUGGUCAAGAUUUUUGGACAGCCCCAAGUAGCACAUUGGAUGGGCAACACAAAAACGUCCAUUCAAAACCUACUUCUCGAAGGAGCUAUUCUGAAACAAUCUUUGACAAAGACAUAAAGAAAGUUUCUGAUAAUAAAACCAAAUCAGGCAAAGAUGAUUUGUUCUCAGACCAGUUCAAGAAUGACAGAAGAAAUGCUCAAGAUGGUAGAAGUAGGAUUAAAGCAGAGAGCCAAGUGAAUCCUACCAUCCAGAACUGUGCUCCUGAGCCGCAAAAUAUUGUUAUUCUAAUACCAAAGGCAAAGCAUUCUCCUAAAACAAAGUGCAUGGAGACUUCUCAGGUUUCAGAAUCCAGAACAAUAUCCAAUGAGGACACAGCAGAGCCGGAGAAGAAUAGAUAUUCUGAUACCUGCUCUUCUCAAGAAUCUUACUCAAGAGAACUGUAUCCAAUUCCACAUUCAUGCCCCUUACCUUCUAGUGAAUCUGGAAUGAAGCAACAUGAAUCAUAUGCCCAGGGCGUAAAUUCAGAUUUAUUCACAUGUCGGCAUCAAGGUGAGAUGCCAACUACACCCACUCAGGUUCAAGCUAAAUGUCUAAGAGAUCAGAAAUCCAGUGUACAGUCCUUGGACUCAGUCGAGAUGUCCCAAAUGGAUCUGGAUCUUGUCGAGCAGCAAGCAGUGAAGGGCAGGCAUCCAUCACCUAUUAGAAGGUUAAGCUUCAGUCUUGGUAGGAUGAGUAGAAGUUUCAGCUUUAAGGAGACAUCAGCAGUUUCACAAUCGAGUGAUGAACAUACUGUUCACAAGUCUGGUCCAGUGAGUUCCGGGGUAUGUGAUAGUCCCAUUGUGGGUGGUGGCAACAGAGAAAAGGCAAAUGCUAGCGGCAAAGGGAGGUCGUCUAGCCCUAUGAGGAGGUUGUUUGACCCGCUGCUUAGGUCCAAAGGAAUUCAUUCUGCUGAAACUAGCAAGCCACGAAAUGAAAACUUAAAUUCCAUGACCUUGAAGCCUGCAAGUAGUAAUGAACACCUUUGCGAAAAGAAGCAUCAACCUUCAACUCUUGGGGCUCUUCUACAGCUUACGAUUAAGGAUGGGCUCCCAUCCUUCAGAUUUGUUGUUGACAAUAGCAAUGACAUUUUAGUUGCUGCUGUCAAACAGUUACCAAAAUCUGGAAAGGUAGAUGAAUGCUUGAUUUAUUCUUUUUAUACGGUUUCUGAAAUUAAAAAGAAGAGUGGAGGUUGGAUGAGCCAGGGAUCUAAGGGGAAAUGCAGUGGAUUUGGUUAUAACAUGAUUGGUCUGAUGAAGGUUUCCAAUUCUUCUGUCCUCAACUCAAAUUUUGAGGAUAGCAAGGAUGGAUCAAUUGUGAGAGAAUCCAUCUUGUAUAGUGUCAAUCUUGGACAGGUAGACAAGCAAGCACCUACAUUUCUGCCGGACAGAGAGAUUGCGGCCAUUAUGGUUAGGAACCAAAUCGUGAACAGCGACAAUCAAUGCAACCAGCAUUUUCCAGGAGACAGCAAUUCGAAGGAUAAUGAUAAAAAUCCCGGUAACAUCAUUGCCAUCCUCCCUGGUGGUGUUCAUGGUUUGCCCCAAAAAGGUGCACCAUCAUCACUAAUUGAAAGAUGGAAAUCCGGUGGAUUAUGCGAUUGUGGAGGGUGGGAUGUUGGUUGCAAGUUACAAGUUCUCACCGAACAGGAGAAAAACUGUAACAACCAAGAUCGCAUUGCACUUUACCUUCAGGGGGGAGAGCAUGAGAGGAAGCUCAUCUUUAGCUUGGCUCCUAUGAAAAAUGGACUUCACUCUGUUCAAUUUGACCAAUCAAUCCCUUUGCUAGAAGCGUUCUCCAUAUGCGUCGCUAUUCUAACGAGUCAGAAACUAUGUAGCAUGUUGGUUAUAGACCCUUUGGAACAGAAGUUCAUCUCUGAUACUGUGAGGGAAACUGAUACAACAAAUGCUUCAACUGCAGUCCAGGGGCAGGGACCUGCAAGAUAUGUACCGUCACCACCGCCCUCCCCAGUUGCCAGGAUCUAGUUUCACAGUGCAAAAGGCGUUUUUGUUUUAGUAUUACUUUAAGAAAUGUAAAGCUUAGUAUAUCUCAAACAGAAUAAAUGGUCAUUCACCAUUGCUUCUGUGAGUAGAGAGACAUGAAACCUGAAAUCUACUGGUAAAUGAGUAGCUUUAAUAUGCUGCAUUGAGGCACCUAGUUUUUGAUCCGUUGUAAAAAUACUCGGAAUGAAGCAGUUCUCAGCAAUACAGUAUUUCUAACAUGAAAAA